UAACAAACCACCCACUUAUUUUGUAGGCUACCGUCGGGGGAGUCACGAGAAGUUUAUCGUUAAGCGAAGCUCCACCGUGAAAAAAAAUGGCACGGAGGUGAGCGGAGAUGACACAGGUGAACCUGGUGAGAACGACUGCGUUGGGACGGUUCCUGACGAGACGCGGGCUCCCACUUUGUUAGCCCACCUGCACCCCGGGGUGGUGUGGAGCAACCCGCUGCUAGCUCCGCUCGUUAGCCGCUAAGCUAAUAGCGAGCUAACUAGCCGCGUCGCCCGAGUUGAGUGAACAAGUCGCGGCGUGUGAAGCUAACCGCGCCGAGGCUACUUUUGGAGGGAUACCGAGUCGGAUAUAAUCCUCGGAGGGAUUCGUGUUGCCUGCUUUAUUGUUGAACCUCUCCCGUGUCCAUUUUUCUCCAUUGUUGGCGGAGACUGCACACCGCCUGUCUUCACGCAUGCUAGCAACCGCCAGCUACAGCGAUGUCUCACAGCAGCUAACACAUUUCUGUCGUUUCGGGGCGUUUUGAAGUGGAUGCUGUCACUGGUGCAAGCUUUUUGGACACCGACGUGGUUGUAUCAGCCCACCUUUUAUUGCUACUUUAAUGCCGACAGCUUGUAGUCCCCCCAGAAGAGCCAGCCGCGGAGCAUGCAGGAAAAGAAAAGACUUCACAUAAGUAGAUAGGGGGGACACACAACCGAGUUGAACUGGACUGUGUGGUGAAUCUACCACCUAAAAACAGGGAUUGCAUACGGUGAUAGACGAAAGAAAAGAGGAUGAAGAAGUUUUCCAGGAUGCCAAAGUCUGAGAGCGGCGGGCUCGGAGGAGCGUCCGGGUCCGGGUCCAGCUCCGGAGUCAGCAGCUACUUCGGGAAAGUGUUUGCAGUCGGCCGGUUUCAAGUCACCGUGGAGGAGCUCAUCGCAGAAGGGGGCUUCUCGGUGGUGUUUCUGGCUCGUACGCACAGUGGUGUCCGCUGCGCUCUCAAAAGGAUGUACGUCAACAACGUCCCGGACCUAAAUGUGUACAAGAGAGAGAUCACUAUCAUGAAGGAGCUGUCAGGCCAUAAGAACAUUGUCGGAUACCUGGACUCAACAAUCAACGCUGUGUCGGACAGCGUGUGGGAGGUCCUGAUCCUCAUGGAGUACUGUAAAGCGGGGCAGGUGGUGAAGCAGAUGAACCAACGGUUGAAUGUCGGCUUCAGCGAGGCCGAGGUCCUCCACAUCUUCUGUGACACGUGCGAGGCCGUGGCCCGCCUGCAUCAGUGCAAGACGCCCGUCAUACACAGAGACCUCAAGGUUGAAAACAUCCUGCUGAACGACCAGGGAAACUAUGUGCUGUGUGACUUUGGCAGCUCCACUCAUAAGAUUUUGCUGCCUCAUAAAGAUGGAGUGACUGCCGUGGAGGACGAAAUUAAAAAGUACACGACCCUUUCAUAUCGGGCGCCGGAGAUGAUUAACUUGUACGCAGGGAAAGCCAUCACCACGAAGGCUGAUAUAUGGGCACUUGGAUGCUUGUUGUACAAGCUGUGUUUCUUCGCACUUCCAUUUGGGGAGAGUCAAGUUGCCAUAUGUGACGGAACCUUUAUCGUUCCAGAUAACUCCAAAUUCUCCUUCAAGCUGCACUGUUUAAUCAGAUAUAUGCUCGAACCAGAGCAGGAGAAGAGACCAGACAUUUACCAAGUGUCCUACUUUGCCUUCAAAUUAGCUGGAAAAGACUGUCCAGUGCCAAAUCUCUUUAACUCUCCCAUCCCCACGUCGCUCCCAGAGCCUCUAACAGCCAGUGAGGUCGCUGCACGGAAAAGCAUGACGAAAGCCAGGAUAACGGACGCUGUGGGCCCGACGGAAACAUCGAUAGCUCCCAGACAGAGGCCAAAAGCAGCAAACAGCAACGUCCUGCCCCUCUCCAACACUGUCACCCCCGUAAAGAUGACUGUGCCUUCAGCGCCUGUCAGCAAUGGCCAGAAAGCUCCCACCCCCGGCUCUGGGCAGCCAUCCAUGCAGCCCCAGCCCAGCAGUCAGCAGCACCGAGUCCUGCAGCAGCUACAGCCUGGUGACCUGCGUCUACAGCAGCUACAACAACAACAACAACAUCAUCACCAACAACAACAACAACAAGCAGUGCAGCAACAACAUGCAAAUGCACAGCAACUCCAAUACCUCCAGUACCAACAGGCUGUGCAGCAGUCCCUCCAGCUUCAGCAGCAGCAGCAGGCCCUCCUCCAGCAGCAGCAGAUGAUGAUGCAGCCGAUGUACCAGCAGCAGGUUGCUCAGGCUCAGGCCCAGGCUCAGUACGCCGCCAUGCUGCACCAGUACCAACAGGCUUUUGUCCAGCAGCAGCAUCAUCAACAUCAACAACAACAGCAACAACAUCAGCAGCAGCAGCAGCUUCAUCCCGCUCAGCAGCCUCUUCCCUAUAUGUCCUCCCCUCUUGAGUUCCAGAUUCCUCUGGGUUCCUAUAACGCCACCACACCCACUGCUGGAGCAGGAGGUGUCCAGAUGGGGGGACCAUCACCUGUGGAUCCCUCAUACUCUAACCCUAGUAGAAACCCUCUGCUUGCUUCAGAUGGGAUCACGCCGCCCUCUCAGAGCUGCAACAGUACAGUCAGUAACCCCCCCGACAUGUCACGCUGGAACCCGUUCGGUGAGGACAACUUCUCCAAGCUGACCGAGGAAGAGCUGAUCGACCGGGAGUUCGACAUGCUCAGAGCAAAAAAGCCGGUGGAGAGAACAGCCAGUGUGGAAACGGAGCGACUGCAGCCAGCUGCCUCCUCCGCCGCCGCCAAGCCGUUGCCACCGGAGGACCUGUUCGGCUCAGUCCCGUUCGUGGCCAGCGCAGGUACCGAUGAGAUAAAGGCCGAGCAGACCAGCGAGGAAGUUGGCAUUCCUGCGCUCAUCUCCACUUCCCCGGAGCGUCUGCAGCUACCAGCGGCCAAGGAGCACAAACCAGGCAAAAAGAGCCGACCGGGAGAAGAGUCGGACAGCGAUUUUGAGUCAGACCCUCCUUCGCCAAAAAGCAGCGAGGAUGAGGAGGCGGAGGAGGAUGAAGGCCUGAACAGUGAGCACGGUGAAGACACUGAGCCGGAGAAUUUAGGACAGAGGCCUCUGCUGAUGGACUCUGAAGAAGAGGGAGAGGACGAUGACGACAAGCACAGCUCCGACUCGGACUACGACCCCAGCAGGGUCAAGAGCCGCUCAAAGAAAGCCGUGGCCGGUAAAGCAGCUUUGGCCAGGAGGAAUCCUCAGGACUCCGCCACGACUCUGAUCACGCCUCCUGAGACGCCCGGCGGAGCCAGAGCCGCUCCAGCUGCAGAACCUGUGGAUGUUUUCGGUUCUGUUCCUUUCCUCGGAGGAACCUCGCCUGUCGGGCCCUCGGAGAGCUCGGACAUCUUUGCCAAAGCGCCUUUUAGGCAAGUCAGCCACGAGCAGCAAGCAUCGGACGAGUUUGACGUUUUUACCAAAGCGCCAUUCAACCGGAACCUCUCCAAGUCGGGCAAGAGUGGCAGUGAUCUCCACAUGGGCCAAACGCCACCCAUUUCCCCCGAAGGCAUUGACAUUUUCGGGUUUUCUCCCUUCCAGCCAGGCCCCACCGCGCCACCUCCCACCACCUCCAGGAGCGCAGAGGAUAUCUUCCAGCAGUCGUUCGAGGACUCGGCGAGCCCUCAGCAGCAGCGGCUGAAGCAGCGCAGCCUCCAGAAGCUGUCGUCACGCCAGAGAAAAACAAAGCAGGAGGCCACGGCGGGCGGCAGCAACGGCAAACGCCACCACGGAACUCCAACCGGAGGCCGCAAGACGAACAAACCGACUUACCGCACACCUGAGCGAGUCCGCAGGCACAAGAAGGUCGGCCGGAGAGACUCGCAGAGCAGCAACGAGUUCCUCAGCACGUCUGACUCGAAGGAGAACAUCAGUGUCGACAUCACCAUGACUGAGGGGAAAGACAAAGGCGCCUCUCUGCCGGUGGACGACGCCAUUCUAGACCCGUUUGGAGCGAAGCCGUUCCACCCUCAGGACGGCAGCCGGCACGGCCAGUACCAAGGACUCACCGACAGCAAGAGCGAUAUGGGCACCGCCAACGGCAAGUCCUGGACGGGCUCCCUGCACGGCGCUCUCGGAGACGGCAGCAUGGAUGAUUUCGGGGCGGUGCCCUUCACAGAAAUGGUCAUCCACAGUGGACCUCAGCAGCAGCAGCAAGCGGCGCCGCCCUCGCAGCCGGUGGACCUCGACCCGUUCGGAGCGGCACCUUUUCCCAUGAAGCAGUGACUUUUCUUGCGUCUUCCCACUCUGCCAGUUGCUGUUAACCCCUUGAAGCCUGGAGCGAUAUCACUUUUCUUGUGCUGCUUUCAGACGUCUUUCACGAGUAUUUAAUCGUAUGACCCC